GCCGACGCCCUCGCUGCCGACUUCCACGCCACGCUCGCGCGCUCCUUCCCGGCCGUGGCGCACCUGCGCGGCGCCGCCAGCGAGGAGGCCGCCGAGCCGGCACUGGGCGCCCUGCGCGACACGCUCGCGGCGCUGCAGAGCACCGUCGACGCCCUCGUCGAGCUCGUCUACCACGUCGACGCAUGGACCGCCGAGGCGCGCGGCCACAGCGUCGGGCAGGACCCGCAGCAGGCGCUCAAGCACGUCGGCGGCCUCGUCGAUAUGUACCAGACCGAGCUGCUGGCCAAGCGCGAGGCGCUCGCAGACCUCACGUGCGAGGAGAUCGGGCUCGACGAGUUUGCCGAGCGCUGGCAGAACUGCCGCGAGAUCGAGGAGGGCAAGAAGCAAACGAUGGACGAGCUGGCAGACCUGCUC